AUGGCAUCGCACAAGAACGACUACAACAUGGAGGCCGGACUGUUGAGCACUGACAGAGAAGAGAGGAUCAUGUCUGACAAGGAAGCCCUACUCCAGGACUUUGAGGACUCGGAGCCUACCCAACCCCAACAACGAAGGAUCUCCCCUGCCCGCAAGGUUUUGGUCGGUUUUGCCGUCUGCUGUCUGCUUGGUGUUGGACUUGGUGUUGUUGGACAUGCCACCAACAUGAGCAUGUGCCCUGGCCAUCUCCGCCAUGGUCAUGGUGAUGCCUUGGACAAGCACGGCAUGAACUCUCACAGGCCCAACCUGUCCGAGUCCAUUGCCUUGAUGGUCAAGCGUCAGAACACUCCUGGACCAAGCGACACAAACCAGGCCACCGAGCCUACCCAGGGUCCUUCGGAGCAGCCCUCGGCCACUGAACCAUCUGCGCAACCUACAGAGCCCACUCAGGAACCUACGCAGGAGCCUACUCAGGAGCCUACGCAGGAACCUACCCAAGAGUCAACCCAGGAGCCUCCUACCCAGGAACCUACCCAAGAAUCUACUCAGGAGGAGCCUACCCAAGAACCUACUUCGCAGCCCUCAGCCACCAGGGAACCAACUUCAGCCCCCUCCAACACCCAGUCGAGUGAGCCCUCCUCCGCCGAGCCCGCGAGCUCAGAACCCAGUGAACCUGCCCCUGACACGUCAACAGACAAUCCCACCUCUGCUCAGGACACCGCUACCGAGGAACCCUCUGCCUCGGAGACCCAGGAACCCACCCAGUCUGAAGCCGAGACGACUACAGCUCCCACGCGAAGGUCUACGACUGAGGAACCCAGGUCGACCGAGGAACCCGAGUCGACUGAUGAUUCCGAGCCCACUUCUACCGGUACGUCUGAUUCUGAAGAGGAGACUUCCCAGACUUCUCCCUCUUCUCAAAGUGCUCCAACGUCCGAGUCCUCUGCUCCUAGUGCUGCAACUGCAACCUCCACUGCUGCCAGUACGUCUGAACCGCAAACUACUCUGCCUGAUGAUUCUUCUUUUACUUCCUUGCCGUCUGAGACGGCUUCCUCGGGUGAGACUGCUCGUUCUACCGCCCCUGACACCACCACUGUUGUUGAAACUACUUCUGUUGAUGCCACAACUGCUUCCUCUGAGUCCGCCGAUGAAUCAACGUCUGAGUCCGCCACUGGAUCAGCGUCUGAGUCCACCGAAGAGGCAGAGACAACAUCCUCCGAGCCUCCAGAGGAAACAGAGACAUCGACAACCACCGGUAUGUGGGACGGACUGCCAGUAUCGGGUCUCUUUGCGGAGAUUCCGAUGCGGAUCCAAAUCCCAAAACCUGCUGCGUUAUUGUGUUUCGUGCCAUUCUUCGACACCCUGACCCGCAUCCAUAGCCUUCGCAACCAAGCCCAGCCGAAUACGGCCCCGGACCACGCGACGGACGGACGAAAACACGAGGACCCCGGUGUUACGAGUUACUUUGACCAGUCACCCCAACUGUUGCCAAGUCGUCUGAACACGGCGGGGUCCACAUUAUGAAUUUGACGGUCUUCUUUCUACAUAUGGGAAACAAAAUGAUGGUAAUAGACUGGGAGCGGAAUAACACGCUCAGGCAGAUUGGACAAGGGGAUUUUUGAUUAGACAAGAGCAUCCACGUACGGUUGUAUCUUGGAGGACUGGGAUCAUUAAUGGCGCCUAGCAUAUUUGUCGGCAUGAGAAUCGCAUGUACGGAUAGUAGAGUGCAUAUUAUAUUAAGCGGGUACAAAGAGAUUGGCGUUUUGUCACGCACCCCAAGGAUCAAAUCGAGUAUUUGUUUAAGUGAAACU